CAAUGACAGAUGCUGCAGUGAAGAAGAAUCGCUGUAUUGUGUUGUGAGUGUUCGCAGCAGUUUAUUUGGUUUAAACAGUGUAAGCAUGAGAUUUUUCGGUCUCAUUUAAAACAUGAUUUCACAUUUCAACUUUAUAUCUAACACCCAAACAUAAGCGACAUGGAGAAGCGAGAGGAGGACGACAUGAAGGGUUCUGGAAACAGCGAGCAGCCGUGGACAGAUGAGAAACCCAGAGCCGUAGAGAAGAGAGGACCGUAUAUAAUGUCUAAAGUUCCUGCUUUUCACAUAAAACUUCAGAAACACAGAGACGCAGCUCGGAGAGCCUUGCAGAAAAGAGGAUUCACCUCAGACAGACCUGUGCUACAACAACCUCGACAUAAACCAAAGACUGUAAAGUUUAAUAGAGGAUACGCUGCCUUGAGUCAGAUUGGAGACGAUUAUCUGGUCCCUCUGGAUUCAGACAGUGAGACAGAGCUGGACUGUUCAUCUGGAUAUUCUUCAGCCGAGGUGCAUCCAGACCUGAACAGACAGCUGUUAAAGGACGGAUAUCAUCUAGAUGAAAUACCUGACGAUGAAGAUUUGGACCUGAUCCCUCCUAAAGCAUUGAGCUCAUCCGUCUGCUGCUGUUUAGAUUCUUCGUCCUGCUGCGUGCAGUGAACAAACCUCAGCACUGAACACUGAGUUUAAUGUAGAAAAGCUCAACAUUUAGUUUGGCUGACAUGUUGCACUUAUAGGAGGACACUUUCCCCUGUGGCACAGUAAAGACACAUCCUUAUAAAGCUUCUUAAUGUUUGAUUUACCAUAGUUUAUCUGUGACACCUUCAAUCCCAGUAUACUCAUAUCUGUUUAAUGGGCAAAUCUCAUGAAGAUAUGUCACAAUGAUAAGCUCUUAAUGUUUUGUGUGUGUGUCUAUAGAUGUUAAAAGUCGGGGCAGGAUGAUCUCUGUGUCGAAAUGUUUGUUUAUUAACAUUUUCAUAGCGGAUUUCCUUUAUAUGAUUUUCCAUUUCAAAUUAAUGCUUUAUGCAAAGGCCACUUCUAGAGCUGCAUACAGGAGCUAUAUACUAAAUCUAUACAUUACAGCUGUAUACUGCAGCUAUACAUCAGUUGUUUAAUCUGUGGUCUUUUCAACAGAAAACAGCUGACACUUUUUCAGCAUUCACAGCUGGAGAAUUGUCAAUAGUUUCUUAAAUUUGUCUGUUGUGAGUUGUUACUUUAGUUAAAUACCUACUGUGAGAUAUGACUGUGUUAUUUUAUAUUUAAAUUUAUAUAAACAAGUAUAUUUUAUCUACCCUUGAGAAAAGCUUUCUUAAGUAUAAUAAGUAUGUGUUUUGUAACCUUUGUGUGUAAUUUGUGUGUCUGUGAGAGAGAGGCGGAGUGUUUUGGUUUAGCAUUACACUGGGACAAUCUUUAACACUAUGCAACAAAAAACUUAUGAUUUCUUCAGUUUGUAGCCACAUAUUAGUUACUGACUUUAUAUAUAAACAUUAGCAUGUAUUUUACUGCAAGACUAAUAUAACUUGUAUUGACAUUUUUAUAAAAUAAAGGAACUAUAC